AUGGGGAGAGCAGCUCAGGGGUGGCGGCUGUGGACCCCAAGGGAGCUCUGGCUGCAGAUGGCAGCGCUGCUGGGGAUGCUGGCGACACAGCUGUGGUCCAGGGACACCAGGGGAGCCUGGCAGCAAAAGCUGCAGAGCCAGUUUGGAGCAAGAGAAAAGGUCCAGCCCCUCAGGCCAGAGAACCUCCUGUUUGUGUCCACCUUGGAUGGAAGUCUCCACGCACUGAGCAAGCAGACAGGGGACUUGAUGUGGACGCUGAAAGACGAGGCCAUCAUCCACGGACCCAUGUAUGUCACAGAAACGGCCUUUCUCUCAGACCCAGCAGAUGGCAGCCUGUACAUCUUGGGAAACCAGAAGCAGCAGGGGUUAAUGAAACUGCCGUUCACCAUCCCGGAGCUGGUUCAUGCCUCUCCUUGCCGCAGCUCCGAUGGGGUCUUCUACACAGGCCGGAAGCAGGAUGCCUGGUUUGUGGUGGAUCCUGAGUCGGGGGAGACGCAGAUGACACUGACCACAGAGGGUCUCUCCACCCCCCGCCUCUACAUUGGCCGGACUCAAUACACUGUCACCAUGCACGACCCCAGAGCCCCGGCCCUGCGCUGGAAUACCACCUACCGCCGCUACUCGGCACUCCCCGUGGAUGACCUGCCUGGAAAGUACGUGAGCCACCUGGCAUCCUGCGGGGUGGGCCUGCUGCUGACUGUGGACCCAGGAAGCGGGGCGGUGCUGUGGACACAGGACUUGGGCAUGCCCGUGAUGGGCGUCUACACUUGGCAGCGAGACAGCUUGCGACAGCUCCCGCAUCUCACCCUGGCUCGAGACACCCUGCACUUCCUCGCUCUCCGCUGGGGCUACAUCCGGCUGCCCGCCUCAGGUCCCCCAGACACAGCCACCCACUUCUCUGCUCUGGACACUCAGCUUCUGAUGACACUGUAUGUGGGGAAAGAUGAAGCUGGUUUCUACGUUUCAAAAGCACUAGUCCACACGGGUGUGGCCCUCGUGCCUCGUGGACUGACCCUGGCCCCCGCAGACGGCCCUACCACCGAUGAGGUGACACUCCAAGUCUCAGGAGAGCGAAAGGGCUUCCCCAGCACGGCGGUCAGAUACCCCUCGGGCAGCGUGGCCCUCCCUAGCCAGUGGCUGCUCAUUGGACACCAUGAACCACCCCCAGUCCUACAUACUACCAUGUUGAGGGUCCGGCCAACCCCAAGGACAAGACCCCCAGAGAAAAGCCAAACACCAGCUCUCUUCUUGCAGCUCUUGGGCCUGAACCGCGAGGAGCCUGGGGAGCCAGAGCUGCAUCCUAAAGAAAACAGCCCAGAUCCCUCUCCAGGACUGGUACCCCAAGAUGUGCUGACCACAGUGCUCACUGCUGUGCUCCUGGGAGGUUGGCUUCUCGUCCUGAUCAGACAGCGGCAGCAGCUGGCAGAGAAGCAGCCCCAGAAGCCUUCAGCACCUGCAGGCCCUCCUGACAUCUUGAAGGAUGCUCAGGCCCAGCCCUCGAAGACCACAUCGCAGGGCCAGAAGAAGGUUCAAACCCCCUCAGAGCAAGCUUUGCCAUCCUGCGAUCCUGAUGGAGAGCAGAUCACUGUGGUGGGAAAGAUCUCUUUCAACUCCCAGGAUGUCCUGGGGCGUGGAGCAGGUGGAACUUUUGUUUUCCGGGGACAGUUUGAGGGGCGGGCCGUGGCUGUGAAGCGACUCCUUCGGGAAUGCUUUAGCCUGGUUCAACGAGAAGUCCAGCUCCUUCAAGAGUCUGACAGGCACCCCAAUGUCCUUCGCUACUUCUGCACCGAACGGGGGCCCCAGUUCCAUUACAUCGCCCUGGAGCUCUGCCAGGCCUCCCUGCAGGAGUAUGUGGAGAAAGCCAGCCCGGGCAGCUGGGGUCUGGAGCCCAAGACGGUACUUCAGCAGAUGAUGUCUGGCCUAGCCCAUCUCCAUUCCCUGCACAUAGUGCACCGCGACCUGAAGCCAGGCAACAUCCUCAUCACGGGGCCUGACAGCCAGGGCCACGGCAGGGUGGUCCUGUCAGACUUCGGCCUCUGCAAGAAGCUGCCUGCAGGCCGGUACAGUUUCAGCCUCCGCUCUGGCAUUCCUGGCACAGAAGGUUGGAUGGCACCCGAGCUCCUGCAGCUCCCGCCUCCCGACAGCCCAACCAGCGCCGUGGACAUCUUCUCGUCAGGGUGUGUGUUCUAUUACGUGCUUUCUGGAGGCAAUCACCCCUUUGGACAGAGUCUCUACCGCCAAGCCAACAUCCUCAAAGGGGCCCCCUGCCUGGCUCACCUAGAAGAAGAGAUACAUGAUGGGGUCAUGGCCCGAGACCUGGUGUGUGCCAUGCUGAGUCCGCUGCCCCAGGCCCGGCCCUCCGCUCCCCACGUGCUGGCCCACCCUCUCUUUUGGAGUAGAGCCAAACAGCUCCAGUUCUUCCAGGACGUCAGCGACUGGCUAGAGAAGGAGCCCGAGCAGGGGCCGCUGGUGAUGGCACUGGAGGCGGGAGGCCACACGGUGGUCCGGGACAACUGGCACCAGCACAUCUCUGCCCCGCUACAGGCAGAUCUGCGACGCUUCCGGUCCUAUAAAGGGACAUUAGUGCGAGAUCUGCUCCGUGCCAUAAGGAACAAGAAGCACCACUAUAGAGAGCUGCCCGCGGCCGUGCGGCAGGCUUUAGGCCCGGUCCCCGAAAGCUUCGUGAAGUACUUCACCCAGCGCUUCCCCAGGCUGCUUCUCCACACCCACCGUGCCAUGAGGAGCUGUGCCCCCGAGAGCCUCUUCCUGCCUUACUACCCGCCCAUGUCAGAGGCCACGGAGCCCCACCAGGGGCCAGGAGAACCUGGGGGAGCCGGGAGCCACAGAGGUGGACAGCUAAGGCUGGCCACAGCAUCCGCCAAGACCAAGCAGCACCUGCUAAGGCAGGGCCUGCCCUAA